AUGAAGAUCCUUCUCUUUUUCUGUAUUUUGCUUUUUGGAGUCCUUAUUCCACCAGCCAGAAGUGAAGGGCACCAUAUCACCUUUAAUAGGUGGAAGGCAUGUACAGCGAUUGGAGGUCGAUGUAAAAAUCAAUGUGAUGAUAGUGAAUUUAGGAUUUCAUACUGUGCAAGACCUACAACUCGUUGCUGCGUGACAGAAUGUGACCCUACGAACCCAAAUAAUUGGAUCCCAGAGGACUCAGUAGGGACUCAAGAAUGGUACCCUAAAGACUCACAUCAUUGA